GGGCCGCUGGCGUGCGUGUGGGUGUGGAGUUGAAGAGUUUAUGCUUCGAAGUUCGGCUGUAGAGCCCACUUGGAUAUACCUGAAUCUGAGUGUUCGCCUCCCUCUGCCUUUUCCUCCUCUGACUUUCACCCUUUCGCGGUCACAGCACUUCGCUCUCGCCAUAUCCACGCCUCACCCAGACCUAUCACCUGAGCCUAGCUGUGAGGUAGAGCAGACAAGAAUUUCCCGGAUCCAGGGCAAGAGUGUUAGAUUAUAGGCUUUUUGUUUUACUUUGCUUUUCCCGUUCAUGAAACAAAAGCCAGUUUCAAAUCCUUCUAGGCCUCCCAGUAAAACUAUGGAAACCAUACUUUCCUCCUUCCCUUUAAUGCAUUACUAUCAAAAAGAGUACCUUCCAGUACUCCUUGCUUAAUUAAGAGCCAGAGCCGCAGCCACACAGGAAGGCCUGGAGAGCAAAUUCAAGGACAUGCCCAGGAGCCCAGCCAGCUGGGAAAUCAAAUAAAUAACAGUUCAUUCAUCCAUUUAUUAACCCAGCAAACAUUUAUUAACUGUCUACCUGAGCCCUGCACUGUGGGGAUACAGUGGUGAACAAAGCUCUUGUGAUGCUUACAUUUUAGUGGGGGUGGUGACGGCAAACAAAUGACACCGGGAAUGGACAACAUCACUGGGAAGCAUGUUCCAGGCAGGGAGAACAGGAAUUGCAAAAGCUUUGAGGCGGGAUGGUGCUUGCUGCGUGGCCACAGGAGGGAAGCCAGUGAAGCUGGGGUGGAGUGAGGAAGACAGCAGGGGGUCCCACGUGGAUGAGGACAGCUUCUCUCUUCCUAGGACUUCCCUCACAACUGGGACCCGACCCCAGGGUGCAAUUAGGGAGCAGGCAAGUUGGGUAGCAGGCUGAGAGUGUCUAAAGGACACUAAAUUAUCCUUGGAAUAAUUCAGGUAUUUGGUGCCAGUGAACUCUGAUUUCUGUGUCUUGGUGAAAUAUGUGUUGGCUUUCAUCCAGUAACAGACUUAUUGAUAACUCCUUACCUGACUACUUGUGUCCGAAGUAAUUUUGCAACAGACCAGUGUAAGUUGCAGGGUGUAGCCCAGAAGCCAGCCAGCUGACAGUUGCUUAAAGGCAUUAGUCACAGUUGUAAUUCCAAAAAUGCAUGAUGCGCUGUGAAGUGCUGCUCCCUGAAGGCAAGAGAUUUAUACUAUUAUUUACAUUUUAAGUGGUUUCAUAUGUUUACCAUGUUUACCAAGAAGUUAUUUGCUUCGGAAGAUUGCAUAGGAUGAAAAUUUGUAAUAAUUUCUAAUUUUGAAUAUAAAAAGGCUUACACAGUUUUUAUUCCAGGACAAUUGGUAUUUCCCCCACCUCUGCUAAGUAAACAUUCGACAGAUGUUUAAAUAACACCAGUUUGAAGGGAUGCCAACUCAUUAGUCUGACCAGGGUGCCAUGGCCCAGUUGGCUCUUACCUGGCGACACACAUCAAUAUCACCUGAACCAACUGGAGAACUCAGCUGUGAGUGAGCUUGCUUGGUGUCUAAAUGUGUGCUUGUCUAUCCCCCUAUAAGUGGUCUUCCUUGGCCUGCAUUACCUCUCUUGGCUUGCUUUAGGGGCUGAAAUGGCACUGACAAGCUUGAGACGGGAUUGCAGAGUUUCCUUCCCCCUAACCGUGGGGUCGUAUCCCCUCUGCAGGACUAUGGAUAGUACAGGAGUAGGAGAUGAGUAGGAAAUGGGAUGAGGGGAGUGGCAAGAGGCAUCAUAAGUCACAGUCAAUGGAGGGGAAAGCUUAAAUGCUCAGUAAAUGUAGGGCAACAAGGAAGAGGGGGGUGGUACUGAGGUAGGGAGGAGGAGGAGCUGAGACUCAGAGUAGAGAAGGUGCCUGGAGGCUGUCAGGCAUUGAGGUCCUCUGGGUCUGAUCAGGCAGUCCCAGCUCCAGCCCGUCCCUUGGCCCCUCCCCGCUGCUGGCCAGAGUCACACAUGUGUUUUCCUGUUUUCCAUUUCAGUCCCCGUCACCCUCUGCUUUUUCUGUUCCUCAGAGUCAACAGCUGCUGCAGCAAGAGCCAUACUCUUGGUUCUCCUAACUAGUACCUUCCCCUCUCCUGAGCUGGUAGCCCCUCCUCCCUGCACCUGCCCAAAGAUCACUGGACUGGGAGGCAACGCAGACUGGUUGGAGCCAGGAAGAGACAUGGGGUCUCUGGAAGAGAAAGUGUGUUCUUACAGUAGUUCCCUGAGCAUGGCUGAGGAGCCAAGACCCCAAAUUAUGUGCUAGCACCUGGAGGAAGUGUGUUUUGGUGUUGCCAUUUGGGGUGAGGUUGGGGUGAGGGGUUCCAUUGGCUGCUCUGCCUGGCACUGCAGGCACUGCAGAUUGGGUACCCUGCUGCCUGUUUCUGAAUCAAAUUUCUUCCACAGCCUGUAGGAUGAGUGUGUUGUUCUGUAAUCUUUACUGGGUCCUCAGAGAUGAAUGCAUCUCAGACAGGGAAAGACAACAAGGGCUGCUGUUAUUUUACAGGGUUUCUCAUGUAAAACUUGGGGUAGGCCAGGCAUGGUGGCUCACACCUGUAAUCCCAGCAUUUUGGGAGGCUGAAGUGGGUAGAUCAUGAGGUCAGGAGUUCAAGACCAGCCUCACCAACAUGGUGAAACCCCGGUCUCUACUAAAAAUACAAAAAUUAGCUGGCGCAGUGGUGGGCACCUGUAAUUCCAGCUACUCAGGAGGCUGAGGCAGGAGAAUCACUUGAACCCAGGAGGCAGAGGUUGCAGUGAGCAGAGACCGUGCCACUGUACUCCAGCCUGGGGAACAAAGCAAAACUCUGUCUUGGGGGAAAAAAGAAAAAACCAAAAAACAAAAACCUGAGGAAGAGCCCCUUUGGGAGAGCCUAUCGGUGCUGCUGGUCCCAGGCGGCCUGAAUGGUGGAAGCAUUACCCCAAGACCCAGCGUCUUAGGGAGAAAUGUGAGCUGCCAAAGAUGGUGCCUUCUUGUGUAGGGUGCUAGGUAGUGGUUGAAAAAAGAAGGGGGCAGGGUUCAAAAUCUCCAUGAAUGGCAGCCUCCCUUGCGUAGUUUGCAUGGGCAGACUGAAGUAGCUUAGUCCGCACAUAGUACUUCCUGGUGCUACCACUAGGGUGUGCUGUUUGCUGGAAUGUGGGUUUUAUCUCCACCAGAUUUCUGUCUCAAGAUUCCAUGGAGAGGACUUUGCUUUUUAGAUGCUACCAGUCAGAAACGAAACCUUGUACACUUCUCUCCCCAGUCCCCCUCACAGUUUUCCCUUCCUUUGUCACUCCUUCCUUCCUUUCUUUUAUGUCAUAUUAAGACACACGCCCACCCCUUGGUGCCAGUGAAUUUGGUCUUAAAAGGGCAAGCAUGGUGAUAUGUUUGUGUGUGUUUUUGUUUGCUUUAGAAGUGGGCACCCUAGCAAAAGCAGCACUGCCAAGAGGACUUGUAAUCGCCUCUUAUCCCUGCAAAGAAUGAGAAAGGGGAGUGGCAGCCAGGAAGGAGAUGAACAAACUUUGCUGGAGCCUUUAGCCUAGGCUACAGGCUGAAGGAUGACAGAGGCUUUCUUUUUAAUCUAGUCUGAUUACAUCUUUCCCCAGGUAAUUCUGUAAUAAUUCCCAUCGGCUGGGCUUGGUGACUCAUGCCUGUAAUCCCAUCGCUUUGGAGGCAGAAGCAGGUGGAUCACUUGAGGCAUUUGUUUGACCUUCCCUUUUACUGCUGGCUGGAAAGGAGGAGUGUCUGACCACAGAUCCUUGAAGGCACUUCUCUCCCUGACUGCUGCUGGCACUGCCGUGAGAACCUGCUUAUAUCCAGGACCAAGGACUGUCUCCUGCUCGGUGUUUUCCAGCAUGUGCUGCCUGGCUACAGCUGUGUCUCUGCGUUGGCUUUGGGUGGUGUCUCUCCAGCAGCAGCUCUGGGGGUCAAGAAAGAAAAAAAAAAUUCAAGUUGAGGGGCCAGGCGAGGUGGCUCAUGCCUGUAAUCUCAGCACUUUGGGAGGCCCAGGGCAAUGCCAGGAAGCUGGUGAAGGCUUUCCUCUCCUCCACCAUGGUUGACAGCACUGAGUAUGAAGUGGGCUCCCAGCAUGAGGUGGAAACCUCCCCUUUGGGUGAUGGGGCCAGCCCAGGGCCCGAGCAGGUAAAGCUGAAGAAGGAGAUCUCACUGCUUAACGGCGUGUGCCUGAUUGUGGGGAACAUGAUCGGCUCGGGCAUCUUUGUUUCCCCCAAGGGUGUCCUCCUGUACAGUGCCUCCUUUGGUCUCUCUCUGGUCAUCUGGGCUGUUGGGGGCCUCUUCUCCGUCUUUGGGGCCCUUUGUUAUGCAGAACUGGGCACCACCAUUAAGAAAUCUGGGGCCAGCUAUGCCUACAUCCUGGAGGCCUUUGGAGGAUUCCUUGCCUUCAUCAGACUCUGGACCUCCCUGCUCAUCAUUGAGCCCACCAGCCAGGCCAUCAUUGCCAUCACCUUUGCCAACUACAUGGUACAGCCUUUCUUCCCAAGCUGCUUCGCCCCCUAUGCUGCCAGUCGCCUGCUGGCUGCUGCCUGCAUCUGUCUCUUAACCUUCAUUAACUGUGCCUAUGUCAAGUGGGGAACCCGGGUACAAGAUACUUCCACCUAUGCGAAAGUAUUGGCGCUGAUUGCGGUCAUCAUUGCAGGCACUGUUAGACUUGGCCAGGGAGCCUCCACUCAUUUUGAGAAUUCCUUUGAGGGUUCAUCAUUUGCAAUGGGUGACAUUGCCCUGGCACUGUACUCGGCUCUGUUCUCCUACUCGGGCUGGGACACCCUCAACUAUGUCACUGAAGAGAUCAAGAAUCCUGAGAGGAACCUGCCCCUCUCCAUUGGCAUCUCCAUGCCCAUUGUCACCAUCAUCUACAUCUUGACCAAUGUGGCCUAUUAUACUGUGCUAGACAUGAGGGAGAUCUUGGCCAGUGAUGCUGUUGCUGUGACUUUUGCAGAUCAGAUAUUUGGAGUAUUUAACUGGAUAAUUCCAUUAUCAGUUGCAUUAUCCUGCUUUGGUGGCCUCAAUGCCUCCAUUGUGGCUGCUUCUAGGCUUUUCUUCGUGGGCUCAAGAGAAGGCCAUCUCCCUGAUGCCAUCUGCAUGAUCCAUGUUGAGCGGUUCACACCAGUGCCUUCUCUGCUCUUCAAUGGUAUCAUGGCAUUGAUCUACUUGUGUGUGGAGGAUAUCUUCCAGCUCAUCAACUACUACAGCUUCAGCUACUGGUUCUUUGUGGGGCUCUCUAUUGUGGGUCAGCUUUAUCUGCGCUGGAAGGAGCCUGAUCGACCUCGUCCCCUCAAGCUCAGCGUUUUCUUCCCGGUUGUGUUCUGCCUCUGCACCAUCUUCCUGGUGGCUGUUCCACUUUACAGUGAUACCAUCAACUCCCUCAUCGGCAUUGCCAUUGCCCUCUCAGGCCUGCCCUUUUACUUCCUCAUCAUCAGAGUGCCAGAACACAAGCGACCUCUUUACCUCCGUAGGAUCGUGGGUACCUCCAGAUCCUGUGUAUGUCAGUUGCUGCAGAAAUGGAUUUGGAAGAUGGAGAGAUACCCAAGCAACAGGAUCCCAAGUCUAACUAAACACCACCUGGAAUCCUGAUAUGAAAAGAAGGCGUUUCUGGUCUAUGGGUAGAGCUAAGGAAGUUGAAAAGGAAAGCUUACUUCUUUGGAGGCACCUGUCCAGAAGACCAGCCUAGGCAGCUUCAACCUCUGAAUUUACUUUUUGAAAUGCAAAGUAAUUUAUUUGUUUUGCUACAUACUGUUCCAGACUUUUAAAGGGGACAAUAAAGCACACUGUGGGGAGGAGCAUGUCAGGAGUGAGCUUGGUUGUUUUAGUAGUACCUGAAUAUGCCUACCUACUCCUCUUUUCCUUUAAAACGACCCACAGUACUCCAAUUCCCUGUCUCUGUUAUAGAGACAUGAAACUGUCACAGGUGCUGGAUGACAAUAAAAGGUUAUGUUCCUAGUC